UAUCGUGUUGGAGGAAAAAAAUAAUAACGCAGGAGGAAGUGUGUAUGUCACGCUGGAACACUGAAGAUCUCUGUAACUGGAUUCAUUCAAGCGGUCAAUAUCCAUAUGUCUCCGGCCUCUGGAAUGUUGCUCAACGAAACUCCCCUGUUUGAUGCGUCUCUGCUCCAAGAGCUGGACUGGAGCAGCAACACCGUCUCCUUCUCGCCCCCUAUUUCUCCCUCUCAGCCCGGAGAAGGUCUGGUCCUCCGUCCUCUCUGUACUGCUGACCUAGACCGAGGCUUCUAUAAGGUCUUAUCACAGCUCACAGAGGCUGGGGAUGUUACAGAAGAACAGUUCAAAGCAAAUUUUGAACAUAUGAAGAAAUCUGGAGACUAUUAUGUGAUCGUGGUGGAAGACACAAACCUUGGACAAAUUGUUGCCACAGCAACACUCAUCAUAGAGCACAAAUUUAUCCAUGCUUGUGCAAAGAGGGGGCGUGUGGAAGAAGUGGUUGUGAGUGACGUAUGCAGAGGGAAACAGCUUGGAAAACUGUUGGUAUCAACAUUGACUCUCCUCAGCAAAAAAUUGCAGUGCUACAAAGUAACACUGGAGUGUGCGCCGAAAAAUGUGGAGUUUUAUAAGAAGUUUGGCUACUCCGCUUCAGAUGAGACUUACAUGCAGUGCCGGUUCUUUGACUGAAUCCAAAAGAAUCUUGAACAUCACAGAAUGUUUGCUUUAGAACUCUUAAUCGGUUCUAUUUUCUGAGAUCGGACUACCUCCAACUUGCACCUUUUUUAGCCAGCAAAAAAAGAAAGAAAAACUUGAUAAUUUGGUGACAAGUUAUGUCACAA